AUUCCGAACGAUUCCGAACGAUUUUGAACGAACUUUUUUGUUCUAUUCUUUUUUCUUUCUCCCACCCCUACGUCGCCCUGAUUAUACGGUUCGCUCAAAGAUUGCUCGUACUUUGACCUUACGAUAUGACGAUAACUUCAUCGUAUACGUAUUUGCGCGAAUGAUCGAGUAUUAACGCGUCUAAUUACUCGACUAUUAUCGUUUUUCUUACAUUUACCGAGUUCCCCGAAUAAUUAAUUUUCUUCGACGUAUGAAUGAAUAAUCUAUUUAACUUUUGGAUUAAUUAACUUCCUCUUUGAGAAUUGGGAAGAUCGAUGAAAGGAAUUAGUCGAAAUUUCAUUAUGAGCGAAAAGGCGAAUAGCGUGCUCCCCAUACUAGAAAUAUAGAUUUUCAUCGAUUCACAUAUCUCCAAAGAAAUCUGAGAGUGUGCUUUCGUUGAUCUUCUAAAUCGGAUAAUAUUAAGAAAAGUCAGGCGUAAAAGGCGACGGUGCUGGGUUCCAUCAGGGUUGGUUGGCGUAUCUCCCCUGUGGGUAGGGGGUAGUAGAAUACUCCCACAGUACUCCCUGCUUGUCGUAAGAGGCGACUAAAAGGGACUGUGUGAAUGGUGUGUGAAUGUUCUCGUACGGCUAUUCCUUUCUUUGUUCUUCUCUCAUCUCUUUCUCUAUUCUUUCUCUCUCUAACUUCCUUCCGUUCCUUUCCUUUCCUUUGGGGAGCUUGCCUCCCAAUAAUAUUGAUACUUUAUUUUAUCAUGGAUAGUACAUCUACAGUCAUAAGCGGGCGUGGGAGGGAUACCUACGCCACGGCGGUGUCAGGUGGUGGUAGGGCAGGCCACCCGCCGUCGUCAACCAGCGACUGCCAGGAGCUUGGGGUAGGCAACCUGGCCCCAGCUCUGGAUACUGCAUCAGGAAGGGCACCACAGGUAGGCGACCUGGCCUGCGGUGUAUCCAAUGCGCCAGGAAGGGUAGAAAGGAAGGGAAGGGUAGUAAGGGAAGAUAGCUACUACUUGGAGGACGUUGAGAGCAUGCAGCGCUACAGCUCGACGUCACCUGUCCUGGUGAGAACGCACAAACGUGCGAGGUCCCCGACCUACUCCUCAGAGGAAGAGGAGUUAAGGGUAGACUUGGACGGGUCGAAUAAGCAAGGACCGGCAAAGACUCUAGAAUCUGUUUUGGAUACUGACAGGCUGCUGAAACACAUCAGGGACGUUAUCCAAGGAGCCGAAAACGUGAGGAAAAGAUUCAUCAAAACUGAGGACGAAGCUUCAAGAAAGAUGAAACAUUGCCAUAAUGAGAUGCUGGAAAUGAUUGAUAUCCUAAGGGAGAGGCUUCAUAUUGAAGCAGAUGAUCCUCCUUCAACCAAGGAAACCAUUGCGCAGCUAAAGAAAGAAAUUAGGGCCAAGGAGGUGAGCAUUAGAGAGUUGACGGAAGAAAUUGACCAUUGCAAGAAAGAAAAUAGGAAAAUACCAUUAAACCCCUUGGCUGCGAGGAGCCAAACAAUGACCCGGGGUACUGCAGCUCCUGGUCCCUGCAGAGGACCGUCUGCACUGAUCUCAACAUCGGAUCGUCAUACAACGGAUAGUGACCCAAUAGAUAUACAGGAGUUAGUCGAGUCGGUGGGGAUACUGGAAAAUACUAUCAGCAGUAUGCAGCAGCAGACAACGAUUGGAGCUGAUGGGCCACACAAAGGCCCCACCCUCCGUGCUGAGUCCACUCGAUCCCCUGCGGAACAGGAAGGAGUCAACGUCUCCUUGAGGGGAGGGAAGAGGAAGAGUGGGACGCAGAGAAGAAGGGAGAGGAGACAAAGGGAAAGAGAAGUCGCUGAAAUUUCCCUAUUCUGUACCGAGGAGACGGCGUACAAAGAAACGCUCCUCCAGGCCACGGAGAAAAUUAAUAUAAAGGAGCUGGGGAUCGACAGCAUGAGGUGCAGAAGAGGCCUCACGGGCGCCUUCAUAUGGCAGGUACGAGGUAAAGGGGCAAAUGAGAAGGCCGACCGGGUGGCGGAGGCCUUAAAGAGUGCCGUCCCAGAAGCGAAGAUUACUCGCCCCCUGCGUACGAGCACCAUUAGGUUGGUGGGACUGGAUGCGUACGCUGACGGGACCGUCAUCAGGAAUGCGCUUCUGGAGAUGCGAUCCGGAACAGACCCCAACCUGAUUAAGGUUGGAGAGAUCAGGAUUGGCAGGGGCAGAUUAGGCGAGGCCACUGUCUCGGCUCCGGUGCCUGUCAUCCGGGCGGCCCUGGAGAGGGGCAGAAUAGACGUGGGACUUACAAAAGUGAGGGUGUAUGAACUCAGGCAGCAGCCCCUCAGAUGCCACCGGUGCCUGGCGCAAGGACAUGUUGCUGCAAUGUGCCCUGCUACAAAGUCUAGGACUGACCUAUGCUACGUAUGUGGGAAACCGGGCCACCUGGCCAAGACAUGCACAGAUAAACCAGCGUGUCCGGUUUGUGUAGACGCGGGCCGGAAGCCGACCAACCACCGUGCCGGUUCUUGGGAGUGCCCGGUAGUGCCUCCCAGAAAAUGGGUAGAUAAGGUUUUUGGGAAUUUGCCCUGAAAGAAUCUGGAAAGACCCGCAUAAGGUCGCGGAAAAAACUGCACUUAGGACCGGGGGAGAAGAAGCGACGCCUCUACAGCGGCGUGAUCCACUCGGUGCUCCUUUAAGGGAGGGCGCCGGUGUGGUGGCGCGCCGUCGUGGAGGACAUGAGGAUCGGGCGAGCUGUUCGGAGCCUCCAGAGGAAGGUGGCGAUCCGGGUGUAUUGUGCCUAUAGAACGGUCUCCUUCCACGCGGCUAUGAUGAUUGCGGGGAUUAUUCCUCUCGUUCAUCUGGCACCCCGGCUGGCGGAGGCGUAUGCGGCCGUUAGGGACGCGGAGGAACCUGUUCCCCCGUGUACUAAGGCUGUAUUAUUGGGUGCUCUUGCCAGAAGGAGGGCAAUAGAAGCGUGGAAAAGUGAGGAAAAGUGGGCUCGUAGAAUCACUAGCAGCAACGGGAGUGCGUGCGAGGGCGGCUAUUACCGAAUGGUUAGCUGAGUGGAUUGGGAGGUCGUUCUCUAUCGGAACGACCUUUCACACCACACAACUGAUGAGCGGCCAUGGCUGUUUCUCGGCGUACUUCUACAAGAUAAGAAAGAUUCCCUCCCCACGUUGUUUCCACGUUGUGGGGGAAGUGAGGAUACGGCGGAAUACACCCUGGUAGACUGCCCGGCGUGGACGGAUGUCAGGAAUGAGCUGAUUGGUGCGGUAGAGGGAGGGCAGCUAAUCCUUCCCAUGAUAGUCAGGGUCUCCCUUCGCAG